CAUGCCGUAGAUGAAUGCGUCGCGCAAGAACGACCUGGUGAUGAAGUCGCUGCCGCUCGAGAUGCGCACAGAGCUCUCGGGCGAGUUUGAGAUCCUUGCGUCCGACGACGACGACGACGCGGCCGAUCCUGAGCGCGCAUACCUCGCGUCGCUCUCGUCCAAAGAGAAGAAGAAGCUGCUCAAGAAGCUCAAGGAAGAGACUGGCGAGUCAUCGUCGAAGAAGCGCAAGCAUCACAAGAGCGAGAAGAAGGCCAAGAAGGAGUCCAAGCGCCAUAAGCACUCCGAUUAGAAGAUAUAGCGUUCAGCGUGUCGUACAUGCUAGUCGGUGAG